AUUCUUUUUGGUUAUGUGAAGAUCACUUAACGUGUGUAAAUUUUUGUUCCGAAAUUUUAAUAAUUUCUCGGACGUUAAUUCGGUUUUUUUUUUGUAGGAAUUGUUAUAACCAAACGUCAAAAUGGGUCGGAUGCACACCCCAGGUAAAGGUAUUUCGAAAUCGGCAUUGCCGUACCGUCGCAGCAUAGCUACGUGGUUGAAAGCGUCAUCCGAAGAUGUCAAAGACCACAUCUUCAAGUUGGCCAAAAAAGGAUUGACUCCGUCCAAAAUCGGUGUUAUUCUCAGAGAUUCCCAUGGUGUGGCUCAAGUCAGGUUUGUGACUGGAAACAAAAUUCUUAGGAUCAUGAAAGCAAUGGGUUUGGCUCCGGGUCUCCCUGAAGAUUUGUACCAUUUAAUCAAGAAAGCUGUUGCAAUCAGGAAGCAUUUGGAAAGAAACAGGAAAGAUAGAGAUUCUAAAUUCCGUUUGAUUUUGGUUGAGUCACGUAUCCAUCGUUUAGCAAGGUACUACAAACGGAAAUCAAAGAUUGCACCCAACUGGAAGUACGAGUCCAGUACUGCAUCCGCUCUGGUUGCUUAAAUAAAACUGUUUUAUUUGUAUGGACAUUUCACAAAAAAUAUAACUUACAUUUUAAGUUGGACACAAA